AUGGCGGACAGCAAGUCCGAUAGCAAGUCGGACGUCUCCCUUCGCGCAUCCCUCGAUUCCCUUGUCGACGAACGAAUAUCAAGAUCGCCCAUCUCUGCAGCCUUGGACGCCAAGAGCGACCAGUCUCUGUCCUCUGGUUUGGAACACCCUAACCCUCCCUCCAAGUCGAGACACCCCGAUGUCGAAAAGCUGGAGAGUCCACCUUCGCCGGACGCGGUCUUCGCCAGCAGUCAAGACGAGCACGACCCGUCCAUCGUUGACUGGGAUGGCGACGAGGACCCGGAGAAUCCCAUGAACUGGCCCAUUGGACGCAAAAUAUGGAUGUCCACCGUCGCGGCCGGCACCACCUUCAUCGUAUCCAUUGCCAGCAGCGUCUGGUCUGAGGACGUCGAUGUUACCGCCAAAGAAUUUGGUGUCAGUAGAGAAGUCACGAUUCUGGGCGUGUCGUUAUACGUGCUGGGUUUUGCCUGCGGCCCACUAGUGUUUGGACCCAUCUCUGAGCUGUAUGGACGCUCGCGACCUCUAAUCUUUGGCUUUUUCUGCUUCGCCAUCUUCCAAAUACCAAUCGCGGUCGCAACGAACCUCGAGACCAUCUUCAUCUGCCGCUUCCUCUCCGCCGCUUUUGCCGCAGCUGCGAUCGCUGUCAGUCCUGGCAUCCUUGUCGACAUGUGGGAGCCUUAUGCUCGAGGGAUUGCCAGCCUCGUCUGGUCGCUCACUGUGUUUGCCGGCCCAACCGUUGGUCCUCUGGUGGGUGCAUUUACCGUGGAAAAUCCCAAUCUAGGGUGGAGAUGGACUGCAUGGCUCAUCCUCAUCAUCGCAAUGGCCAUGUGGGUAAUCUGCGUCCCCACCGUCUCAGAGUCCUUCGCUCCCAUUCUCCUCCAACGUCGAGCCGCCCGGCUCCGCCAGGAGACUCGCAACUGGGCUCUGCACUCCAAGCGCGACGAAGACCCCAUCACAUACGGCUACUUAGUGCGCAAAUACGGGCUGAAACCGUUCAAAAUGCUCGUGCAGGAGCCCAUCCUGGCGUGCAUGACGACAUUCAUGUCUCUCGUCUACGCCCUUAUCUACCUCAUGUUCGUCGCCUUCCCCUAUGCCUUCCAGGUCGUGCGCGGUUGGGACUUGGGCAUCGCGGCUCUACCUUUCAUCGGGCUCUUCAUCGGGUACCUUUUGGGAUCCGUGAUAUGUAUAACUGAGAGCACAGUCCGCUUCAGACGGCUCCUACGCCUCAACAACGGCUCCUUUGCACCGGAAGAGCGACUGCCCACCAUGAUUCUGGGCUCUUUUGUUCUGAUCGCCGGUCUGUUUUGGUUUGCUUGGACCUCUUCCAGAAACAUCACGUGGAUCCCGCAAGUCAUCUCCAGCAUCCCCAUCGGCGCCGGCAUCUUCCUCGUUUUCGUGCCUGGUCAGGUAUACCUUAUGGAUGUCUACACCAUUCACGCGGCCUCUGCGCUCGCGGGCAAUGCUUUUGUGCGAGCGGCGCUCGCUUGUGCUUUCCCUCUCAUCGGCGAUCCAAUGUACGAGACCUUGGGGGUGGCAUGGGGAAUGAGUCUGUUAGGCUUUAUUUGCCUGGCCUUGGCACCUUGUCCGAUUGCAUUCUAUCUGUACGGCCAUAAAGUGAGGGCGUGGAGCAAGUACGUCGCAUGACGCACCAGAAGAAUUAGACAGCCAUGAAUGAGA